UUAUCUUUAAUUUUAUAGAGACUAAAUUAUUAUCGAAUAAUCCGACACUUCCAUCAACAUCAUCUCAUAUGAAAUAUGUUAGUUUAUUUCUGUUAACUUUACAAAAUGUUACCAGUAUAUUAUUAUUACGUUAUGUACGUACAACAACAGGACCACGUUUUAUAAACUCAACAGCUGUAUUUAAUUCAGAAAUUCAAAAAACACUUUUCAGUUUUUUAUUAUUAAUCAAUGAAGAACGAAGUAUUAUCAAAGGUUUCAAAUUAAUAUAUACUCAAAUAAUUUGUCAAUGGAAAGAUACAAUUAAAACUGGUUUUCCAGCAUUCCUUUAUACAUUACAAAAUAAUCUGUUAUUUGUUUCAAUUUCAUAUUUAGAUGCAGCUACAUUUCAAGUUAGUUUUCAAUUGAAAAUUUUCACUACAGCUAUUUUUACAGUAUUAAUACUUCGUCGUCAAUUAAAUCUUAUUCAAUGGUUUGCAUUAUUUCUUCUUUUUCUUGGUAUUUCUCUUGUUCAACUCGAAAAUAUGACAUCACGAACGGUAAAACAAGAUGUUAAUGCUAUAUCAGGAUUAUUUUCAGUUGUUGGUGCUUGUCUAUUAAGUGGUUUCGCUGGUAUUUAUUUUGAAAAAAUUCUUAAAGGUAGUGGUGUAUCAGUAUGGAUAAGAAAUAUUCAAUUAGGUGUCUUUGGAAUAUUUUUUGGUUAUAUAACUAUGCUCUUAUCCGAUGGAACAGAAAUAAAAAAAAAAGGCUUUCUAUUUGCCUAUACAGAUUUAGUAUGGAUUACAAUUACAGUUCAAUCCGUCGGUGGACUUCUUGUUGCAUUAGUUGUUAAACAUGCUGAUAAUAUAUUAAAAGGUUUUGCAACAUCAGCUGCUAUUAUAAUCUCAUGUAUUAUUAGUAUGGUAUUAUUUGACUUUCAAAUGACAGUAUUAUUUGCAUUUGGUGCAGUUCUUGUUAUAUUCUCAGUAUUUCUUUAUUCAAAACCAGAUUUAAUUGUUUAUAUACCAUUUUUUGAUAAUAUUCUCAAAGAGAAAUCAAUUUUAGUUUAA